AUGCUCCCCACCAGAACACGACUCCCGCCGGUAUGGGCUUCAGGCGACGCUGCCCUGACUCGCUCACAGCUAAUCUGCACCCGCCACUCGGGCAAGUGCUCAUGCAUGCAUAUCAAUACUACCAUCACCUCUCGGACAAGGUCAAACACUAGCCGUUCCCGCAAUCCGUAUCAUACCGCCGUUCAGGCGCCAGACGGCCUCGACUCGCAAAAUUUGAACAACGCUCAACUGCGGACCCUCGUGGCCACCAUUCUCCAACCGACUCUCUCGCCGCCGUUUCGCGCUCAUCUGGAAACUGGCGAGCUCGAUGACGUUAUCGACGACAUAAUGAGCCUUUGUGAGGUUGCGGCGGUGGCUGCGCAUGAUGGAUGUGAGUUUCCGGAUGACGUCGUCAACGAGAGCAAGGCUAUGGCGGCCGUCGCGGAUCACCUCGCUUCCCUCGUCCUCGCCCGCCCCUUCAAUCUCGCCUAUCGCAAGGCGCUGAGAGUAGCCGGCGCUGGCAAGGAGAACAGCGCUCCUCCGGCCAUGGUCUCGUCGCGCCGUUCGGCCAAGAACGUCUCGCUCGUGGGCCUCGCUCGCGACUCUUCCGCCCGCUCUGAUCGCUCCGCCACCACCGCUGUUGCUGCGACUGCCGCCGCCGCUGCUGUGACCGGCUCGCUUGCGCCGCCAUCGUGUACUCUCCGCGGCCUCCCGCACAUUGUCAAGCCGCGAAUCAAGCGGGAUCGCCCGCGGGACAUCGACUUGGACGAGACCAGCUACUACACUUGCCUGGAGAAGUUUCGUCCCACCCCGCGCUUCACGCACUCAUCGCCGACCUCUUCCACUCGCACCUUUACGCCGCUCGCCACCACGCCAUCGUCGAAGACGGCGUAG